AUGAUAAUUGAUACUUUUCUUUUUGAUGACCACCAAUUCUUCUCUUCCCCAACCCUCAUAUCAGUCUUCUUCCUACCAAACCAUCCAAUCGUCUUCAAUAUUCCCAAUGCACUUCACCCUUUCCCCGAAAGAGCAGAAACCGACGACUUUGUCCUCCAAGCCCGGGUGGUCUAG